CCUUGUUCCUCGUGUUAAGUCUUAAUCUCUAUUUCCUAGCUAUUAAGGCAUAAUUAGAUUAAAAUUGUUACUUCAUGGUACGUGGUUUUAUAAACUGAGAUCUCGCAUUGGGAAUUUUAUGAAGAAAAUCUGGGAGGAAGUUUUCGAACGGUGGAAAUCAGCACUGCACACAGCCAUUCCUUGUUCCUCUUGUUAAGUCUUAAUCUCUAUUUACUAGCUAUUAAGGCAUAAUUUGAUUAAAAUUUCUCGCUACGCAUUAUGUUAAAAUUUUAGACUUAAUGAGAAGGUGCUGUCAUUUUUACAUCUUCACCAUUAGCGGUUUUAUCUUACCAUGUGCAUUUUUCUCAUUUCAUCCUACGGUUUGAACUCAGAUUCCCAAAAUCUUUACCCGAGAUCUUUUUGAAACAUGCUGCACGUGACAUUAAAAGUGAGAUAACAACGAGCCCCGCUUUUGACAGAAGUUGAACUGAUGAGCACGGAGAUGCUUUUACGACUUUUGCUUGUCUUUAUGAUCAUUGUUCGGACCCUCUCGAUGGAACGUCAACAAUCAUCACCACGUGAAACAUCAUCACCGCGUAAAACAUCAUCACCACGUCAAUCGCCAUCACCACGUCAAACAUCAUUACCACGUCAAACAUCAUCAUUCAAUAAAAAAGGUUCAGGGACGUCGAUUUGGAGCAGCGGUCUUAAAUAUGCAAGGGCGGUGAAGGGUAAGAUAAAGGAAAGGACAUAUUCGGAUGCCCUGUGCGUGGAAUAUUGUAAGGAACAGAAUGGAUACUUCCUCAAUACCAGGAAGGACGAGCAAGGAUACGAGCUCGUCAGCACCUUCGGCAGAGCCUACGCCUACGGAGUAACAUGUUCUUGCAACGUAUCGAACAAUUUCAAACAGUUCAUCAUAAAACACUUCAACGACGAAACGGUUGAGGAGAAGUUCGUAAGUUGGUGGGGUAGGGGUUUCCCCGGAAAAAAAGCAAAGAUCAGGCUGAACGCAUUGGCCGAAAAUCGCGGACUCACAACCAUCAAGUUCCUUACAUCCGGGGAGUUCAGAGAGAAGACCGUAGAAGAAACGUCCAAGUUGAGAAGGCAAAGGUCGGACGAAAAGAAAGCCGAACUUAAGAGACAAGAGUCGUUAACGAGACGUUUAGAAAAUCUCACGACGGACCUCGAAAAGUCGCGCACAGAGGUCGCAGUACUCCGGGAUCAGCUAGAAAAAAAGGACCAAGAGAUCGCGGAAACCAAAGAGGAAGGAAUGGCCAAAAUUGCGGAGAUCAAAAGAUUGGUGGCCGAAAUUAAGAGCAAAACGGACUCAUUGAAGAAGAAUGAAGAAGGUAUGGCAAAUUUGGAGGCGGAAUUUAAGAAAAUCAAGGGACUUUACGACAAGAAACUCACGGAAUAUGAUAAUCUCUCUAAACAACUAUCAAAGUCUGAGCAAGAACUAAAAAGAGUCCAGGACAAGUUGGAAAAUACCGAGGAAGCGUUGCAAACGUCCAAAGAUGAGGCUGAUAAAUGGAAAGAGGAAGUUGAAAGAAUGAGGGCUGAGGCGAACAAACCGUUUUUAAAACGUAUGUGCGGAUCGUGCUUCGGUGGAGGAGCUACAAAGAGUCCGGCCAGAAAACAAAAACCUGGUACCAACGGCAAGAGAUAGGAGAGAAAACGGUAAAAUAAAGAAAAUAGAUAAA